UUUCCUACACGGCGAUCACGGAGAGGUUUGGCUUGAGCCAGUGGCCAGGGAGCAUGAGCACAGGUAUAACUCGCGGGAUAAGACGAGGCCACAUUUACUGUUCCGCAGGACACGCGAGAGCAUUGCCGUUAGGGCGGAGUCAGCACCGGCGCCAUCGAGUCAGGAGCAGGAUACUGUCGAGGCAGGGAGGUCCAAACCGCGCCGCAAAAGGAAGAAGAAGCACGAGAGGAAUUGCGGUACCCGCGAACCACGGCGUUUAACAGAGACUUUAUUAGAGUGGCAAACUCAACCUGGGCUCAUGCAGGUUCAGGGUCGAGGUCGUCGCCGCCAGCUGAUGCGCCAGCAACAGCAACAGGAGCAGCAACAUCGAAAAAGCAUCAACUGGCAGCGAUUCAAGAGAUCAGUAAGUCGUGCGAGGCAUGUAGAGGCUCUCGUCGUUGCUGAUACGACUAUGAUGGCAUUUCAUCAAGAUGGCGACGUGGAAACGUAUCUGUUAACAAUUAUGAAUAUGGUUUCGGCACUUUACCUCGAUCCAACUAUUGGUAAUUUUAUCAAUGUUGUUGUUGUACGGAUAAUUCUAAUGGAAGAGGAUGAAGCCGAGCAAGGAUUGAACAUCACGGUGAACGCUGAUAAAACACUGUACAAUUUCUGUAAGUGGCAACAGAAAUUGAAUCCUUCUGAUGAUUCUCAUCCAAAUCAUCACGACGUCGCUAUUUUGGUUACUAGAGAGGACAUUUGUUCCAGGGCGAAUACCCCUUGCAGCACUUUAGGUGUGGCUCACGUUGCAGGUAUGUGUCAACCUGAUCGUAGCUGUAGCGUCAACGAAGACAACGGAAUCACUCUUGCUCACACAAUUACACAUGAAUUGGGUCAUAACUUUGGUAUGUACCACGAUACCGAAAAAAUAGGUUGCAGUAAAAGAGAUGGCGAUAAAUUGCACGUGAUGACUCCAACAUUCGAGGCUGAUACCGUUGGUGUUGCUUGGUCUAGAUGUUCGAGAAGAGACAUCACGAAUUUCUUAGAUCAAGGAAAAGGUGAGUGUCUUGAAGAUGAACCUGCAGAUAAUGAUUACGCUUAUCCAGAUUUGCCACCUGGAACAAUGUAUAAUGCAGAACAUCAAUGCAGACUUCAAUUCGCAGUUAGAGAAGCAUCAGUUUGUUCGCCUUUAGAAGAGAUUUGUUCAAAACUGUGGUGCAUCGUCGACGGAGUUUGUACUACGAUGUUGCAUCCUGCAGCUCCUGGUACUCAUUGCGGAAAACAUAUGUGGUGUCAGAAUCAGGAGUGCGUGCCGAUUGUCGAUCGGCCAAGUCAGAUCGACGGCAGCUGGGGUGAGUGGAGCGAGUGGAGCGAAUGCUCACGUAGUUGCGGUGCUGGUGUUUCCAUACUUGAGCGAAAGUGUAACCAUCCGGAGCCAGCCAACGGCGGCAAAUUCUGUAUCGGUAAGAGACGUCGAUACAAGAUCUGUAAUACGCAAACUUGUCCGGAUGGGGCUCCGAGCUUUCGAAGUGUGCAAUGCAGUGACUAUAACGACAAACAGUACAAAGGCAAAAAUUAUACCUGGCGACCAUACUUCGAUCAAACCGAGCCUUGCGAAUUAUACUGCACAGACACCGAGGAAAGCGUGAUCGUACCGUGGGGUGAAGCUGCUCUUGAUGGAACACCUUGUAAUGUCGGUACAAGAGAUAUGUGUAUUGCUGGAAUAUGUAAGAAAGUUGGUUGCGAUUGGAUAGUCGACUCUAACGCUACAGAAGAUCAAUGCGGAAUAUGCCAUGGAGAUGGCACACAUUGUGUCACAAUACGUGGACUAUACGAUAAAAAUGAAGGACUAGGAUACAGAGAAGUUAUCGUUAUUCCUGAAGGAUCAAGGAAUAUAAAAAUUGAGGAAGUUGGUAAUAGUAAGAAUUAUAUUGGUAUUGGCCGUCGUGAUGCAGACGAAUAUUUUUUGAAUGGGAAACGGCAGAUCACCUUGGCCGGGGAGUAUCAAGUUGCUGACACGCCGGCUCUUUAUGAACGUGAUCGGGACAAGGAGAAAGUGAGAAUACCAGGACCGAUCAAGGAAGACAUCGCCGUAUACCUAAUUCAUCGUGGUCAUUAUCGAAAUUUCGGUUUGCGCUACGAGUACACAGUGCCAAAAAAGGAUGCUUAUCGAGCUCCGGAGUACUCAUGGAUGUACUCUGACUGGUCCAUGUGUACGGUAACUUGUGGUGGAGGUACACAGAUUUCUCACUCGCUUUGCCAUGAGAGUAAAAGCGGCGUUGUCGAAGAAAAGUUCUGCAAUGGCUUAACCAAACCCGAUUUCACUACUCGCGAGUGUAACACCAAACCUUGCCCAGCUAGAUGGUGGGUGGGUCCGUGGCAAACGUGUCCUAUAAGUUGUGGCGAUGGAGCGCUUCGCAAGCGCUCGGUCAUGUGUGUUUCGGCGAGUACGAGAGAAGACCAGAUAGAGCUCGCGUUGCCAGAUCAGGAGUGCGACAAGAACUCACGACCCGAAGAGGUCGAAUCCUGCCCGGAGCUGCCCAUCUGCGAGGCGACGAGCAGUGAGAUACCUCUGAUCGUCUACGCCGAUGAGAAAAAUAGCGCCUUCUACAACAUCAGUCCGUACGAGCGAGAAGCUGGUGGCGUCGGUUCGACGACUAUGGAUGGCUUGGGGAGCACUGAGAUCGAGCCAGAGAUUCUUGAAUUCGACAACGUGGUUGACGUGGAUAAUACAGGAGAAAGCUCGUUGUAUAACGCCAAUCCUAAAUGGCAAGUGUCCAAGUGGAGCCACUGUUUAGCUGGCAAACGGACGAGGAAGGUAUCCUGUUCAGGGACGAGGGAGCCGCGGACGUGCAAUAUGGAUAGUAAACCUCUGGAGGUGGAAGUGUGCAGGACCGGCAAGUGGGCUACUGAUAAGUGGAGUUCCUGUAAUGCAACCUGUAGUAUCAAAUCUGGAUAUAAGCAUCGCAAUGUUACUUGCUACGAUAGGCAAAAUAACUUACCAUCCACAGACUGUAAUCACAUAAAAAAACCUCUUGAAGUUCGACGAUGCCAUCAUAAGAAGUCUUGCGCCGAGGAGAGACUUGGUUGCAAGGAUAGUAUCAAUCCAUCUUGGAUAUGUUCAGCAUAUCGACGAAUGUGCGAUUCUUCAUCAAUAGUUCGUGAAAAAUGUUGUACAACGUGUUUAAAGAGACGAAAACACGUACGCCACAAUCGUCGUCAAAGCAUAGUGGAUUGAGUUUUCAAUCUGAAGGAAACAGUACGAGCAUAAUAGUUAAUUGUCUACGAUUAUUGUUUAUUUU